UCGUGCUGGGACUUCAUCACCCUCCGGGGAUUUGCUAGGAAGAUACAUCAACUCCGGUCCGAGUCUCAUAGUGUCUCAUAGUGAGUUUGAUGCAUAGGAAACGACACCUGAAUGGCCUCUCGUGGAUCGACCUGCUUGCUCAUCGUGUAUGUUAACGUUGUGUGCAGGGAGAUCAUGCAUGCCAUGUGGAAACCACGGAAGUUCAAGUACAUCUACUUUCUAGCUACAUUGUACGUGUUCACUCUGACGCUACCGUCGGCGGCCGCCGUGUACUGGGCCUUUGGCGACCAGCUUCUGACCCACUCCAAUGCGUUCUCGCUGCUGCCCAAGUCAGGGUGGAGGGACGCGGCGGUGAUUCUCAUGUUGAUCCACCAGUUCAUCACCUUCGGCUUCGCCUGCACCCCGCUCUACUUCGUGUGGGAGAAGGUGAUCGGAAUGCACGACACCGAGAGCAUCUGUAUGCGCUCCCUCGCCCGGCUUCCGGUCGUCAUCCCCAUCUGGUUCCUGGCCAUUAUAUUCCCAUUCUUUGGGCCCAUAAACUCCGCGGUGGGGGCUCUCCUCGUCAGCUUCACCGUCUAUAUCAUCCCCGCCAUGGCACACAUGCUCACCUAUCGCACCCCAUCGGCACGGCAGAACGCUGUGGAGAAGCUGGCAUUCUUUCUACCCAGCUGGACGGCGCUGUACGUGGUGAACGCCUUCGUGGUGGGGUGGGUGACGGUGGUGGGCUUCGGUCUCGGCGGCUGGGCCAGCGUGAUCAACUUCGUCAAGCAGGUCGACACCUUCGGUCUCUUCGCCAAGUGCUACCAGUGCCACAAACCGCAUCCUCAUCCUCCCGCUGCCUCUGGCCCGCCACCGCAGCUCCACUGACUCACAAAUCCAUCGAUUCCUGUUUUUGCUCGUCUCCUCCUCUUCUGUCACCUGUAACAUACAAAGAGAGGGCAAGGUUCCCCCAUCCAUGU